CGACCGAUGAUUCCUCAUUUCAAUCCAACGUUCAGAUCCCAGUAAGUCACUCCCUUCAAAAGCAACACUGCCACGACACUAAUCACACCCAGUCUCCCUCGUCGAAUCAGUGAAGGAAAGACAGACAGAGAAGGAAACAAUACAGAGAUGUUGCUUCAAUUUUCUAUUCAACGAGUGAAAAAUCUGAGGACGUUGAGGUCUCAGAUCUUUGCUUUGAGGAGCUCUCAUUUCUCUACUGCUACUCAGCCUUCUUCAAGUCAGCGUAAACCUCUGAGGGUUCCAAAUCUCAUUGGAGGGACAUUUGUUGACUCACAAUCAUCUUCAGCCAUUGAUGUGAUAAAUCCUGCUACACAAGAAGUUGUAUCACAGGUUCCUUUGACUACAAACGAAGAGUUCAAAGCUGCAGUAAAUGCUGCAAAGCAGGCUUUUCCAACUUGGCGUAACACGCCAGUUACAACCCGCCAACGCAUUAUGUUCAAACUCCAAGAGCUUAUUCGUAGAGAUAUUGAUAAGCUAGCAAUCAGUAUUACAACUGAACAGGGGAAGACUCUGAAGGAUGCACAUGGUGAUGUGUUCCGUGGGCUUGAGGUGGUGGAACAUGCUUGUGGAAUGGCAACUUUACAAAUGGGGGAGUAUGUCCCUAAUGUAUCAAAUGGAAUUGAUACCUACAGCAUUAGAGAGCCGCUCGGUGUAUGUGCUGGGAUUUGCCCUUUCAACUUUCCUGCAAUGAUUCCUUUAUGGAUGUUCCCUAUUGCAGUCACAUGUGGUAAUACCUUUGUCUUGAAGCCAUCAGAAAAAGAUCCAGGGGCUUCUAUAAUGCUUGCAGAGUUAGCAAUGGAAGCUGGUCUGCCUAAUGGUGUCUUAAAUAUUGUUCAUGGCACUAAUGAUAUUGUUAAUGCUAUUUGUGAUGAUGACGAUAUCAGAGCUAUAUCUUUUGUUGGUUCCAAUGUUGCUGGCAUGCACAUAUAUGGAAGAGCAUCAGCUAAGGGAAAACGGGUUCAGUCGAACAUGGGAGCCAAAAAUCACGCAAUCGUCUUACCUGAUGCAAACAUGGAUUCUACUUUAAACGCCUUAACUGCUGCCGGUUUUGGUGCUGCUGGACAACGUUGCAUGGCACUGAGUACAGUAGUUUUUGUUGGGGACUCAAAAUCAUGGGAGAGCAAACUUGUGGAACGUGCAAAAGCUCUUAAAGUAAAUGCUGGAACAGAGCCUGAUGCGGACCUGGGUCCAGUCAUUAGUAAACAGGCCAAGGAACGAAUACAUAGACUAAUUCAAAGUGGUGUUGAAAAUGGUGCCAGACUACUGCUUGAUGGAAGAAAUAUAGUGGUUCCGGGAUAUGAGCAAGGUAAUUUUAUUGGUCCAACCAUCUUAUCAGGAGUCACAGCUGAUAUGGAGUGCUACAAGGAGGAAAUCUUUGGGCCAGUUCUCCUAUGCAUGGAGGCUGACAGCUUUGAAGAAGCCAUCAACAUUGUUAACAGAAACAAAUAUGGCAAUGGAGCUUCCAUAUUUACAACAUCUGGUGCAGCUGCAAGGAAAUUCCAGAGUGAGAUAGAGGCUGGACAGGUUGGCAUUAAUGUUCCUAUACCAGUUCCAUUGCCGUUUUUCUCGUUUACUGGCUCUAAGGCAUCUUUUGCAGGCGAUCUUAAUUUCUAUGGUAAGGCUGGAGUCAACUUUUACACCCAGAUAAAAACAAUUACUCAGCAAUGGAAGGACUUACCAGCCGGUAGUGGAGUUUCCCUGGCAAUGCCAACAUCACAGAAGAUAUAAUAGUGUGUUGUAAUUGUAUCUCUAACUUGCUUUUGAGCCCAAUAAAUCAAUGUCUUCGUCUUCUAGCACUGUUAA